AUGUCGGGAACAAUAUUUAAUUGCGAACGAAACGACUCGCCCGAGGAACGAUUCAUGUGGCUCCUUAGGUUCGCCAACUUCAAACGAAUCAAAGACUUCCUCGCGAAGAAUCAAUCGUUAGAUUUGAAUUACCCGACGCCAAGUUUGAAAACGCCUCUGACGGCGGCCAUCGAUCGCGGCGAUCCGCAAAUUUUGUCGCUCUUGUUGGAAAAGAACUCGACUACUUUGGACGAUACGAUCGCGCAGCCUUGCAGGAGAACGGCUCUCAUGUAUGCUGCGUUCGUUUCGAGAAACACGGAGAUAUUGCAGACGCUGUUGAAGAAGGGAGCGGAUCUCCAAAAAACGGACACCAGAGGCUGGACUUGUCUCUCGUACGCCAUCGUCGGAGAGCGAUUGCAAAACGUAACAUUUUUGUUAGACCACGGCGCUUCCGUAAAUCAGCAGAAUUUUCAAGGACGAACGCCGCUCAUGAUAUCGGUGUACCUUUCGAAUUUGGAUAUCGUGUCGCUUUUGCUGGACCGUGGCGCUGCGAUCGAUGCACGCGACAACGCAGGUUUCACUGCUCUCCAGAUAGCAAUUUUCUCGAGGAAAAGGGACCCAGUGGUCGUUUUGAUCGAAAGGGGAUGCGAUGCGAACGUCGUCACGCCUUCGACGAAAGCUUCUGUCGGCGAUUUGUGCAGAACUUGCAUGCCGAACGUUCUGCGGUGCCUCGAACAGAAAUCACGGAUAUUAUAA